CAGCGUCGCCCCACCACAUCCAGUCGUACUGCGAAUGCCACGCUGUGUGCUUCGUAUUCGCGGUAUUUCGGUACUUUUCGUUCGUUUCAAUAAAUCGAGCCUCGUUGUGUUUAACGCGUAAUCAUCGAUGAAAUACGCGUCGAACGAAUCGUCGUUAGAUUGACUCGAUAUCCCAGGAAAUCCGAGAUUCCUUGUUGCUUCGAUGGUAAUAGUUUUUCGACGAUUAGUUCUGCCACUGUUUAUCGGUUUCGUUUCUCACGUUCUCUAAAUGUAAGCGUGUGCCACGAGACGUUCGAAGGGCAAAUACCGAUGAUCGAGGUAAUCGUAUCUUUUUCGCCGUUAACGAUAAUCUCGAAUUAAGGAGAGUGUGGAAAGUGCGCAAAGCCGAAGGAAUCGCGAUGCGACAGCGCCGGGUGAUGCUCCAUUUGCACCGGCAACGGCAACAGAAAGGACAAGACGUUCGAAGAGCAAGAUAGACGGAAAUAGAAGGUUUCUAAAGGAACAAGUUGGCUCGUGGUUAGAUAGGAUCGUGGUUAAUUCCGAAACAGUCGGGUAGGGGGACGCUGUCAUUGCUGUUUGAACAUUUAAAACUAGCGCGCGUUUUAGCGGAACACUCGUGUUCUGAUUGGUGGCACCGUUUGUUGUUUACCAACGUCAGUGUGCGGUCAAACUGGGAACCUCGAUUGCUUUAAGGAGAGAGGGAGGGAUAAAAAAGGAGAGAAAGAGCCACGAGCGCGUUCCUUGAAGGUAAUAGAGAGAUAGAAAGAGAGAGAGUGUACAGGAGAACGCGUGCUCUCGUGCGAGGUAAAAGAAGAAGAAGAAGAAGGAACGAGUCUAAGAAAGAGAGGUAAGCAAUAACGGGCAAGUGGGCGCACGAGAUGCAUUCCAGAUGGACGAUGACGCCGCACAGUCUGUAAGACUCGCGUGGUUUCUCCAUUGUAUCGCGUUUAUCCGUGAUUGCCGUGUCAGGACGUAUCGACGAUCUUUGGGUGGGUUAUGACGCGCGCUUAACGCGUUGCGUGUGCACGAAUAGAAGCGAGAGCGUGUGUCGAUCCUGUGUACAACAUGGAGUCCGACACGGCGACCGACUGGUCGUCGCCGAGAAAAGGCUCCCUCGAGACAUCGAUGCCAAGGAAAUUCCGCAAGGAUUCCUGUCGAACCGAGGGUGCAACACUCAAUUGGGCGAUGUGCGCCCUCUGUAUUACCAGCUUGGCCGUGUCCGGUCUACUGAUGUACAGGGAACUGGGAUUGGAGUCGAGGAUCGCCAAUUUGGAAACUCGUUGUCAGCUUCAAGAAACGCCGGACGUUCUUAUCCAGAGGCUGAAGAGGGAAGUUCAGGAACAGUUGGAGGUGCAGCGGUCUGCGUUGGAGACGAGCGUGUUUCGGAUCAAACGAGACGUUUCGGAGUGCAACUGUCCACCAGGUAAGCAAUAAAAAGAAACCGAAUAUGGAUUAUGGAUAAUCAACAAUCUAUCGUUGGAAGAUUCAUCAAAGGUUUUAAAUAUUUAUAUUAAUAUUCUUUCUUCUAAAAUUUUAAUUUUUGCUAACGAUAAAAAUUUAUUUUUAUUCAAUUUAAUAUUAAUUUCUAAAUAAAUCUU